CAGCGACACCCCCGCGCCCGGGCGCACUGGGACGGUCCCGUUGCCAUGGCGGCAGCGUCUUGAGGGCGGGAGGAAGGAGGAAGCAUGGCCGCCCUGGCCCGGCUUCAGGAGAGGCUGGAGGGACUCCGGGAGGAGUAUUUCCUUACGAACAGAACUCUGUUUAUGUGAGAGAUAUGAGGUGUCCUAAACUGGCUUUUAAGGGAAAGCACCUUUCUGUGGAAGAACUUGCCCAAUGAUACCACAGUGCAAGAAUACUAGCUAUAGAUGAAGACAGAAAAACAAAGUACAAAGCUGCAGUCAAGAUCCAGCGCUGGUUUCGAGCAUGCAGGGUCCGAGCCUACCUGAGACAUCUGAGCAGAAUGGUGAUUUUGAUACAGAAGUGGUGGAGAGGAUAUCUAAGAAGAAAAAACUUCAGAGAAAUAGUGGAGAGAGCAUAUUUUAUUAAGAAGCUGAAAUUCUACAAUGAAAUGGCUGUCAGGAUCCAGAAAAUGUGGCGAGGCUAUUAUGUUCGGAAGUAUAUCCAUAAUUUUUAUGUACUGAAGAAAUACCUGAAAGCUGUUUCUGUGAAUAAUGAGCUUGUCAGGAGUGAACUUCAAGAGUAUGCAGAAAUGAAGGAAAACGAAAAGAAAAUGAAAGACCUAGAAAAGAAAGAAAAGGAAAAGAAAUACCAAGCCCGAAAGAUGCAUUACCUCCUUAGCACUGAGCAGAUUCCAGGCAUCUACAAUUCACCAUUCAAAAAAUCCCCAGAUCCAAUGGAACUGCUGCUACGGAAGUCAAAGCCACUGACCCACAGAAAGCAGCAAGUGAAGAGUCCCUUUGCUGAGCUCUAUGACUGGCCAACAUGUAAAAAGCCUCCAGCUUUUGUCACAGCACUGCCUCUGCUACCUGCUGACAGACAAAAACCUCAGGGGCCUUUCCGCAAUCCUGCUGAAGUGUUGCAGCAGCGUUACAAGCCUUUGGAACCAACCCUGCGAGUGAGAGAAUCGAUGUAUUCACCACAAGCCAAGGCCAAAGAGGCAACACAAAGGGAGGAAUGGAGAAAUCCCUUACAUGACAAUGAAUUUUUACCAUUUUCUUCAUAUCAUAAAAAUGAUGAGAAGUAUGAGCCAUCACUUUGUAAGUCAGGCAAAUAUGGACAAGAAGCCUAUGGAACUAAAUAUUUCAGAGAAGUAUAUCCUAAGAAGUGGAUAGCAGACAAGGAGGAAAGGCUGAGACAGCUGGAACACUUCAUUCUGGAGAAGAGAAGGCACAGGAGAGAGCCUAUUAAAGUGCAUAAACAUCUGAUAAGACUGAAGGAAGAACAGGACCCCAAACUUUUCUCAGACUCCAUAGUAUCCAGUGACAGGACAAGAGUCAAUGAACACAAGUGAAGUGCAUGAAAUCCCAUCUGAAAAAAAGAAGACACUUUUUAAACACUUUUUUUUCUUCUUCUUUUGUGUGAGGAUGACAGAGCACUGGCCCAGGUUGCCCAAAGAGGUUGUAGAAUCUUUAUCCUUGGAUAUAUCCAUAGUCUAGGCAACCUGCUCUAGCUGAGUAGGGAGGCUGUAGAGGGUGAUCUCAAGAGGUCUCUUCCUACCUAAAGAAUUCUGGAAUUUUGUAAGAUAUGAUAAAUUAUUUCCUUGAAAGCUGUUUAACCUUUGUAAAUAUAAAGCAAGUUCCAAGGAAUUUUAGUUUGAAAAGGAACAUUUUAAAAAGAUUUUUCCACAAAACUUUAAGGUUUAAAAAUUAGCUAAGAGUAAAAUUUUGGUAUUUCAGUAUGCAUUAAUGAUAUCUUGCAAAUGUAACAUCAACAAUCAAACAAAAAGAUCUGAAUUUGUCUAUCAAAAGCAAGGAGUGGAAGUUAUGACUGGCUGAAGACCCACAGCAUAAGUAUGAUGUAUAAAAAGAUCUUUGUCUUAUUUCUGGCACUCAUCUUGUCCCGUAAAGACUUGGUUUUCCAGUUCUUAGUAGUUCUUGCUCAGGCUCAGAUGAUGAUAUCAAAAAUCUAAAGAUACUUAUAAUGUAUGUCAUAUUACACAUAUAUAAACUAUGGGCUUAGCAAAAAAACCCCUCACUUGUGAUCUUGGAUAGAUAUCAACCUAAAUCUCUGGAGGUGAAUAGCUGUAUACAUUAACCCAACAUGACACAGAGCCUUCCAAUCCCAAUUCUAAAUCAAUAUGAAGCUUCCAUUAGGAGCCACUUACCCUAGCAGAGAGAUAAGAGGAGAAAAGGGCUAUUUAUGACAUACCUACUGCUUUAAUGGGUCAUUAUUAUCAGGAAAAAACUCGAAAAGAACCACAAAACCUCAAGCUCCUCAUGGCAAUUUAAUGGAAAAAGGCCUAUAGGCAGGUGUGAGGUCAUACUUUCCUAACUGCUAAAUUUGAUAGAACUCUAUGUCACUUUCUUAUUUCUAAACUGUAUGAAAACUUUGAAUACAUCAGUGCUAUGAAAAAAAUUAUCUGUUCUAAUGAA